CUCUUCCUCUUCCUCCUCUAUAUAAACAACCCCAUUAAUCCAUUCUCUUCACAACCCAUCAAAAUUGCAACUCUCUCGAGUUUCACAUGCCUUUAGUUUCUUGACUUAAGGAUCUAAAUAUGGCUUUAACCUACACCCAAUUUCUCAUGCUUUUGCUUAUUGCAUACAUGCUUCUUGGAGUUACAGUGGCCAGCAAAGGCUUCAACUAUGGCUCUCCUCAAACUACUUAUUCAGAUACUCCUAACAGGAUCAUUGUUGGUGGCUCUGCAUAUUGGAGCUUCGGCUUUAACUACUCCGUUUGGGCUUUCAAGAACGGCCCUUUCUACGUCAAUGAUACUCUAGUGUUCAAGUAUGAUCUGCCAAGCGAGAACAACACAUAUCCUCACAACGUCUACUUGGUACCAGACAUGCGAAGUUUCUUGACAUGUAACCUUUCCAAGGGUGUGAAGAUUGCGAAUGAGUCUCAAGGAGCCGGUGAGGGUUUCGAGUUCGUGUUAAACAAGUGGAGGCCUUACUAUUUUGCCUGUGGUGCAAGCGAUGGCUACCAUUGCAAUGUCGGCGGGAUGAAGUUCUUUGUUCUGCCACUGCUUCGUCGUUGGCACUACUAAUCGGAAAACAAUAAGCCGGCCAGGGAAGAUGCAUUGCUGCUUAUAGGGGGCAUUUCAUGUUUGUCUGUCGUCGCCAUUUUUUUCCCUUUUUUUUUUUUUCUGACAUUAGCAAGAAUAAUUUAUCAAAAAUAAAAAGAAGUUGGGGAUAAACUUCUUGUUGUUUGUAUCAUUGUUUUGGUUCAAGCAUUUUGCGUUUGAGGUUAGCCGACGGAGAAGAGGCUAGCUAGCUAGGAAUUUCAUAUAAUGUUUACUUGCAUGUACACAUAUAUGCCUCCAUUUUUAUUUUUACCCUGUAAUGAUUUUUUUUUUAUUCAUUUGUCUGAAAAUUAA